AUGGGGAAUUGUCUAAGGCACGAAUCAGAAAUGCAUUGGGCUGGUGAAGAUUGGGAUGAUUUCACCACAGAAGAAGAUGAAGAUUAUCAACAUCAUAAUCAUCAUUAUAGCUCUAAAACCUCCAAUAAGACCAAAACAGUAAUUGUUAAAGGAGAUAGUAAGUCAUCUGAUCUAUCUCAUGAGAUCAAGAUCAGGCUCACGAAGAAGGAAUUCCAAGAUCUACUAAGUAAAGUCAACGUCCUCGAUCAUUACACCUUUCAUCAACAUGUUUUCUCCUGUCCAAAUCUGAUCAAUCAGUAUGAAGAAACCAAUCAGCUGCAACGUUCUUGGAGACCGGUUUUGCAGAGCAUACCAGAGGUUAAUUGA